AUCAUCCGAGGCGUCCAGGGCAUCCAGAUCUAGAUCCUGUUGGUUCUUCGUCAGCGAGGCUAUGCUCGUACCAGGCUCCAGGGAAACUACUUACCGGUUUUCUUUCUUCUCAUCACCUCGGCAACGUGUUCGAAGGUAGCUUCCUCGGCAGUCGUUGAUUACUAUAGCAAGUUCAUGUUGGAGAAAGCUAUCGGUGUUUUGUUUCAAUGUCUGGCACUCGUAGCUAACUCCUAUUUCCCAAUUCCAAAGCACUUCCCGUCCAAAAAACCUUCCCGUCCAAGAUGCUCCUCCGUGAAAACUCAGUUAACCGCUCAAGCACCACUGUGCUCCCUGUUGGUCCUUCGAAUCGUCCAUCUCUCAGAUCUUCCUCCUACAUUCUUUAGGUUGUGGCGCUCCGACCAUCCGUGAUAUCCUUUUGUGACUCUUUUUAUGGCGUCCACUUUCCGGUUCUUCGUAAAGUA